AUGGCAGGACUGGCUGACGGUGCAACCCACACAGCUGAGCCUCCCUCUUACAUACUGGGUGUGCUCGUCGCGCUCCCUGUGAAGUGCAGCACUGGCGGGUGUGCUCCAGUCGCGCUCCCUGUGAAGUGCAGCACUGGCGGGUGUGCUUCAGUCACGGUCCCUGUGAAGUGCAGCACUGGCGGGUGUGCUCCAGUCACGAUCCCUGUGAAGUGCAGCACUGGCGGGUGUGUUUCAGUCACGGUCCCUGUGAAGUGCAGCACUGGCGGGUGUGUUUCAGUCACGGUCCCUGUGAAGUGCAGCACUGGCGGGUGUGCUCCAGUCGCGCUCCCUGUGAAGUGCAGCACUGGCGGGUGUGCUCCAGUCGCGCUCCCUGUGAAGUGCAGCACUGGCGGGUGUGUUCCAGUCACGCUCCCUGUGAAGUGCAGCACUGGCGGGUGUGCUCCAGUCGCGCUCCCUGUGAAGUGCAGCACUGGCGGGUGUGCUCCAGUCGCGCUCCCUGUGAAGUGCAGCACUGGCGGGUGUGCUCCAGUCGCGCUCCCUGUGAAGUGCAGCACUGGCGGGUGUGCUCCAGUCGCGCUCCCUGUGAAGUGCAGCACUGGCGGGUGUGUUUCAGUCACGCUCCCUGUGAAGUGCAGCACUGGCGGGUGUGUUCCAGUCACGCUCCCUGUGAAGUGCAGCACUGGCGGGUGUGUUCCAGUCACGCUCCCUGUGAAGUGCAGCACUGGCGGGUGUGUUCCAGUCACGCUCCCUGUGAAGUGCAGCACUGGCGGGUGUGUUCCAGUCACGGUCCCUGUGAAGUGCAGCACUGGCGGGUGUGUUCCAGUCACGCUCCCUGUGAAGUGCAGCACUGGCGGGUGUGUUCCAGUCACGCUCCCUGUGAAGUGCAGCACUGGCGGGUGUGUUCCAGUCACGGUCCCUGUGAAGUGCAGCACUGGCGGGUGUGUUCCAGUCACGCUCCCUGUGAAGUGCAGCACUGGCGGGUGUGUUUCAGUCACGCUCCCUGUGAAGUGCAGCACUGGCGGGUGUGUUCCAGUCACGGUCCCUGCGAAGUGCAGCACUGGCGGGUGUGUUCCAGUCGCGCUCCCUGUGAAGUGCAGCACUGGCGGGUGUGUUCCAGUCGCGCUCCCUGUGAAGUGCAGCACUGGCGGGUGUGCUCCAGUCGCGUUCCCUGUGAAGUGCAGCACUGGCGGGUGUGUUCCAGUCACGCUCCCUGUGAAGUGCAGCACUGGCGGGUGUGUUCCAGUCACGCUCCCUGUGAAGUGCAGCACUGGCGGGUGUGUUCCAGUCACGCUCCCUGUGAAGUGCAGCACUGGUGGGUGUGUUCCAGUCACGCUCCCUGUGAAGUGCAGCACUGGCGGGUGUGUUCCAGUCACGCUCCCUGUGAAGUGCAGCACUGGCGGGUGUGUUUCAGUCACGGUCCCUGUGAAGUGCAGCACUGGCGGGUGUGUUCCAGUCGCGCUCCCUGUGAAGUGCAGCACUGGCGGGUGUGCUCCAGUCGCGCUCCCUGUGAAGUGCAGCACUGGCGGGUGUGCUCCAGUCACGCUCCCUGCGAAGUGCAGCACUGGCGGGUGUGCUCCAGUCACGCUCCCUGCGAAGUGCAGCACUGGCGGGUGUGCUCCAGUCGCGCUCCCUGCGAAGUGCAGCACUGGCGGGUGUGCUCCAGUCGCGCUCCCUGCGAAGUGCAGCACUGGCGGGUGUGUUCCAGUCACGGUCCCUGCGAAGUGCAGCACUGGCGGGUGUGUUCCAGUCGCGCUCCCUGCGAAGUGCAGCACUGGCGGGUGUGUUCCAGUCACGGUCCCUGCGAAGUGCAGCACUGGCGGGUGUGUUCCAGUCGCGCUCCCUGCGAAGUGCAGCACUGGCGGGUGUGUUCCAGUCACGGUCCCUGUGAAGUGCAGCACUGGCGGGUGUGCUCCAGUCGCGCUCCCUGCGAAGUGCAGCACUGGCGGGUGUGUUCCAGUCACGGUCCCUGUGAAGUGCAGCACUGGCGGGUGUGCUCCAGUCACGCUCCCUGUGAAGUGCAGCACUGGCGGGUGUGCUUCAGUCACGCUCCCUGUGAAGUGCAGCACUGGCGGGUGUGCUCCAGUCGCGCUCCCUGUGAAGUGCAGCACUGGCGGGUGUGCUCCAGUCGCGCUCCCUGUGAAGUGCAGCACUGGCGGGUGUGCUCCAGUCGCGCUCCCUGCGAAGUGCAGCACUGGCGGGUGUGCUCCAGUCGCGCUCCCUGCGAAGUGCAGCACUGGCGGGUGUGUUCCAGUCACGGUCCCUGCGAAGUGCAGCACUGGCGGGUGUGUUCCAGUCACGGUCCCUGUGAAGUGCAGCACUGGCGGGUGUGUUUCAGUCACGGUCCCUGUGAAGUGCAGCACUGGCGGGUGUGUUUCAGUCACGGUCCCUGUGAAGUGCAUCACUGGCGGGUGUGUUUCAGUCACGGUCCCUGUGAAGUGCAUCACUGGCGGGUGUGUUUCAGUCACGGUCCCUGUGAAGUGCAGCACUGGCGGGUGUGUUUCAGUCACGGUCCCUGUGAAGUGCAGCACUGGCGGGUGUGCUUCAGUCACGCUCCCUGUGAAGUGCAGCACUGGCGGGUGUGCUUCAGUCGCGCUCCCUGUGAAGUGCAGCACUGGCGGGUGUACUCCAGUCACUUUGGUUAUUUUCUUAAACACGCGUAUAUGCUGCACAGCGCCAAUUAACCAUUUCUGGGGUCAGCCCAGGUUGUUUAAAUAAUUUCUAUAUUCUCCCACAUGCCGCCACAAUUAGCUUUUUUGCCCAUUGCAGUCGUGAAAAAAGCUUGCAAUGUGCAUCUCUGUUCACCGUCAGCUUCUUCUCCAGCACACACCUCCCUGCUAUAUGAUCAUGGGUAUGAUACAGCAAACCAGGCCGGAUCUGUGUGGCCAACAGUGGAAGCACCCUUUUUUAGGGCCUAGAUUCUUUUGAAGCUAAUGGCUGAGUGCCAAGUUUCAGUUUCUCAGAAAAUGAUUUUCUGUAUUAGCUGGAAUUCCUCUUAUUUUUAGGCCCUGCCAGGAGUCUCUUCCGUGUUUCUGUCGGAGCUGCAGUUUGAAACCCAGCCUGAGAUAUAAAGCACACAUUCUAAACUCUAGGGAAGCCAGUACUACUAUUUAAAUUGAUUGGUUUUCUUUUCCUGUUGACGGCUUCAGUGCUUUUCUUACAGUCUCAACUGAGUAGCACCGCCUCUAUAACCAACUGGGCCUCUAUAACCAACUGAGCAACCGAAAAAGUGCUUUUAUUAUUGUCAUCAUCAUCAUCAUCAAGUCCUACAGAUCGAGUCACUGUAACAAGAAGACAAGCUGGGAGUGCAAAGAAACACUACACUGCUAAUAGAUUGCUAUGGGCUCAAGGUCAAAUGCAAUAGUUUAAAAUUAGGGUGCAGCUUGGAAUGCACCAACAACUGAGUGUGUAUGAAUCCCCUGUACAAUACAAGCAAAUAACCCAAGCCAUGGAACCAGGGCGUCUGCUAAGAAAUAAAUAAUAAUAAUAAUAAUAACCAGUCUGCCCUAGCCAAUCUAGCCAAAGACUGGAUCCCAGGAGUUUAUACAGUCUGCCCUAGCCAAUCUAGCCAAAGACUGGAUCCCAGGAGUUUAUACUGCACUGCCUUCCACUGCCUUCAAUGAAUAGAAGCCUGACAGCCGCAGCUGGAUCGCAACAUAUUUGUGGAGAAGUGGAGGACACAGCUGAGCCAGAGCAGCAGUGAUCACAUGCUGACUCCGGAAUGUAAUUAUGACAUUAUGCUCACUCCGGAAUGUAAUUAUGACAUUAUGCUCACUCCGGAAUGUAAUUAUGACAUUAUGCAGCUGCAACAGCCAUGCUUUUUUUAAUUUUAUUUUUUUCAUUUAGUAAAAUGAAAUUUGAGAGGAUUAUUUUUUAAUAAUUUGGAUCUUUUAUGAAAUUAUCCGAAUGAGUAAAGACGGCACAUUUCAAUCACAAAUUGAUGAAUGUAUAAUGUUUUAUUUCUGUUUUUGUUUUUUUCCCCUCUGUUUUAAGGCUUGAGUGUUGGCUUCUGGAAGAUGAAUGUUAAGGUUAAACAGCUAAAGAGAGCGCAGCUUCAAAGUAUUUUUCAUUUGAUUUAAUUUCUUCCCCCUUGUCAUUUUGUACAGCAGUGUACAGCAGGGGCUCUGACAGUGUUAAGGUGCCAGAGUUCAGAGACUGCUCUUCAGUUCUACUAAAGUAACGCAGGCUAGAUCAACCACAGUGUCUUCAUUGCAAUAACAGCAGCCCUAGCAAUGCAGCAGGGAACGUGAAGCCAGGGCUGGUGCUCACUGCAGGGUGCUAAUUAACAUUGCAAUAGGAACCACACAGAAUGAUUGCACCAAAUCUGGUAAACAGACUUUGACAGAAAGAACUGCAUAGUUUAAAAAUGCUGUUUGGGUAGGAAAAUGAAUGAUAACUGACUUACAUGCUACUGUUAAAGCAAAUAAUUCCAUACAUUCUACCUGUUACGCAUCUCUAUUGUACACAUACUGUACAUAACAUGAUGCUCUGGUGGAUCCAAUCUCUGUGCUCGGGUCUUUCAGUUCCAGCCAAGGCCAGUGUAAACUGGACCCAAACUGCUCCCUUUAUUGGUUUAAAGCAUUUGUUUUUCAUACUAUUUUUUGACAAUGGCUAUGUAUCACUUAUCUCUGGGAUGUUACUCACUUAGCGAGUUGGUGGUGUUUGUUCUGAGACUCCUCUUGUUUUAUCAGAGCUAUCAGUUCCAGCUCCUGCGCCUCCGUGUUUUGUAUUCCUAGACCAGACGUUUUCAAGUUGACCCAGGAAGGAAAUGUGUGACCUGAGCCCUGAAUUGUUUUGUUGCUGGCUGCCUCUUCGAUUAACUGACCAGUCCUUCCUUGGUCUGUUUUGUGUUUGGGGGUGUUUGUUAAAGGCAGAUUGCUUUCCUUGCCUAGCUGCUACAUGUUCAGCACUUUCACUGCCCCAAUUAAAAUGAUCAAAUCGGUCUGCAUAAUGUCUCAAUUAAUAUCUUUGUUUUUUUAAAGCUUCAAACUGGUGAUUAAUCAGGGUUGAUGAAUUAAUGCCCGCUGGCAAUAAAGACAUUAAUUAAGCAAUGUAAACAUAAUUACCCAGUUUUACGGUUGCAUACAGUAAACAAUACAUUGCUACGGAUGUCUGCAAAAAACAAAAAAUCAAACACAGGGAAGCCAAAGACCAUAUUAAUCCUGGUUAGAUCAGUUUAUCAUGUGAAGGGUUAAAUUCCUCUACAGUCAUGUCCAGGAUAUAAGAGUGCAAUAAGUUUAGUUUAAUUCCCUUUUCCAAAAGAUUCAAAAGAAUUAUUGAGAGCAGGCCUGCAGUGUGAAUCAUUUCACAAUCAAGCAAUAGUUUUAGAACAGGUGCCGUUAAUAAUUGGUGUCAUCUAAUGGGAAAGCAGUGUCUGCUUAGCACCAUGGUUAAAUGAUCCCCUUUCCAGUGAAAAAGUUUAUAGGAAAAACUAUUGCAUAAUGUGCAAGAAAAACUGGAAAACAAAGUAGGUGUAUGAGGGUGCUCUGCUCUAUAAAAGCACACUGGAGACACCUAGAGGCGAGGUCAUGCAUUACAUAUUCUCAAAUAUCAAAACCCCCUUCGGUUCACAAAUUUUAUAAUUAAAAUGUUUAUCAGUUUUAAAACCGUUUGUGUGAACUCUAUGGAGAAGCUGCCCUGCCAAAAAAAACAAACAAAAAAAAUACAUUAAAAACAUGCAUAUAAAAUAGAUACAUAUAUUAGGAAACUUGGCAUGUUACAAUUGUGCACACAGUGACUGAAGGGAAUAUAAAAAAACAAUAAAAAAAACAUAAUUUCAAGACCGCUAUUCAAGUCAAACAUACUCGACAGCGAAAGGCCAAAUAAAACUGCUCUUUCUCUCUCUAUCUCUCAAAUUCCCCCCUCCAAUUUACAUUUACUUUCACCGUAAGAUUUUAAAAAAACGAAUAAGAAGAUCUUUUAUCAAAGUAAAAUACAUUUAAUUCAUUUGUAGAUGAAAAGUAAUUGAACUCCAACCACUUGGUGGCGCACAAGUAUAAAUAAAGACCUGCGAAUAAAUUGUUUCUUUGUCCGGGUUAGAGGAGCUGAUACCGGUCUAUGUGGUUGUUGUAAGCGGUUGAAGGGAUCCUUCCGUGUAACUAUGAGGGCUAAGUGGCGAAAGAAACGCAUGCGCAGGCUGAAGCGCAAGAGGAGAAAGAUGAGACAGAGGUCCAAGUAAACCUGCUGCACUGCACCUGCUGCACCUGCUGCCCCAGACCUGAAC